AUGUUGGAAAAAUUUAAAUUGUUCAAUGCCAAAGAUAAAGAAUCUAAAAUAGGUACGGGAAAUUCUAAAAGAACUUCUAGUUCAAGCGGAUUCAGUUCGGCUAAAUCUGAACAUUCGGAUUCGUCUACGAGUCUCUGUAGCGAUGCCAAACAAAUAGGUUUAAUUAACGAAAAAACUGAUAUCGUUCAAUUAAAUCAUCAAAUCCCUCACGUAGAUCAAUCGAAUAUAGUCAAAUACAAAGGUACUACUCGUACUAAAAUAGCCAAAACAAAUUGUGACAAAAAACAAAAUUCGCCGAAGUUGAAAAGAAUGAUAGAAGCGGAAGUGAAAAAUCCCAAACAAAUGACGAAAAACGAUAAGGUUCGCGGUAUAGCAGACGGAGAAAGGAAAAUUGUGAAUUGCAUCGACGAAACUUCGUCGCAACAACAACAACAAACAAAAUUAAACAUAAUGGAAUCGGAAAAAGAACAAAAACCAAAACAAAAUUCUUACAACAAAAUGGAAGGGUAUCAAGACAAUCCGAUAAAAACGUCAAAUUCUACGGGAAUUCCAAAACCCAUGGCAGCCGUCAAAGGCACGACCAAAACUAUGACGAAUCCAACGGAAAUGAAUACGUUAAAGGGAAAAUCAUCGUCCGUUGCAAGGAUUCCGCCGGGUGGGGAAAGCGAAAAACAAAAAAGAGACGAUGUUUGCGUUGCGAUGGUGUCACCCAUGAGAACCUCGACCGUCAACGAUGAGGAUAAAGAAAACGACGAUGAGAAAAGGAUCAUCGUCGUCGAAUCGGAUAAAAAAUUAAAAGAUGUCGAAGAAGAAGAAGUUAUGAACGUUAAACCCAUGUCACCUCUCAUGAACGGUGGAUACCGUUUGGGUAAUCACGCGACCCUUCAUUUCACACAUCCCGGAUGCCUGAACAACGUUCAAUCAUCAAAAAACAUUUACUAUUCACAAAUGUCAACAAAUCCAAACAUUGUCAAUUUAGAGAGCAUAGACUUGGCCAUGAAUGGCGGCAUGGACAUGUUAAAAACAAUGAACAAAGCAAAUCUUAUACAAGAUUCAAAUUCCGGUUAUGUUUCCGACACGGGAUAUUCGAAAAGGAAACAACAACAACAACAACAAAAUGGAAAAUGGUUUGAAACUUUUGAAAAUUUGUCGUCGGUUGUUCGUGAUUUAAACUCACGUUUGUUUAAUUUUCAUAACAAAAACUUUUCGCCCAACUUUUAA